AUGAGAAAUAUAGCCAGGAUUAUAAACCAAAGCUGGAGCGAAUAUAUCAGGUUUGUUGAGCAAGCACUGGUUAUUGCGGUAGAACUCGGUAAUGAUGUGUCGCCCAGAUUUGUUGGCGAAUUAGAUAUUGUACUAAUGGAUAAUACGGGUGUCGGCGAAUUAGAUGUUGUACUAAUCGAUAACACGGGUGUCGGCGAAUUAGAUAUGGUACUAAUCAACGAUACGGGUGUCGGCGAAUUAGAUAUGGUACUAAUCGACGAUACGGGUGUCGGCGACUUAGAUAUGGUACUAAUCGAUGAUACGGGUGUCGGCGAAUUAGAUAUGGUACUAAUCAACGAUACGGGUGUCGGCGAAUUAGAUAUGGUACUAAUCGACGAUACGGGUGUCGGCGAAUUAGAUAUGGUGCUAAUCGAUGAUACAAAUGUCGGGUUUAUGGUCCCACUCGAUGCAAAAGUUUGUGGCCGUCGAUCGUAA